AUGGAGGAAGAUCCUGAUGAGGAACCGCAUGGACACAUUACCUCUCUUGCAGUUAAACGAUCAUAUAGAAGGCUUGGACUAGCUCAAAAACUCAUGGACCAAACAGCCAGAGCAAUGAUUGAGACGUUUAACGCCCGCUAUGUUUCAUUACACGUGCGAGUGAGCAACAGAGCAGCGUUGAACCUUUACCAGAAUACUCUGAAGUUCACGGCUAGUGAGGUGGAACCGAAGUACUACGCUGACGGUGAGGACGCAUAUGCAAUGAAGCGGUGUUUAGUCCAGUUUGCGACCGAGAAUAACAUUGAGCCAGCCGAUAAAGAGAGCUUCUUUGCCGUCAAGUCUAAUGAUGAUAAGAAAAAGAGUAGGCAUCCAAAACAGUCUUAUCAUUCCUGCUCAACCGCUACUGAUCUUUCGCAGGAGCUCGACCCUCAUGUCACAGCCGCUGCAGCAGAGUCUAGUUAUCUUCUAUUCUUUCAGGUAGUAUUCCCUUUCACCAUUGCUGGUGUUGGGAUGGUAUUUGCGGGUGUUGUUCUCGACCUGGUGCAACACUGGCGGCUUUUCAAGGAAGUUCCUGAAAUUUUCAUACUCGUUCCUGCUCUCUUAGGUUUGAAAGGAAAUCUGGAAAUGACUUUAGCGAGUCGGCUGUCAACAUUGGCCAAUCUCGGACACUUGGAUUCGCCAUCGCAACGAAGAGAUGUUGUAACUGCAAACUUGGCUUUGAUACAAGUUCAAGCCACUGUUAUCGCCUUCCUAGCGUCAGCAUUUGCAAUAGCUCUUGCGUGGAUCCCACGUGGACAGCUGGACUGGUCUCAUGCUGCACUCCUCUGCGCUUCAUCUCUAGCUACAGCGUGCUUCGCAUCGCUCAUUCUGAGUGUAAUUAUGGCACUGGUCGUCAUACUUUCCAGAAACUACAACAUUAACCCAGACAACGUAGCCACACCUAUUGCUGCUUCCCUUGGUGAUCUUACAACAUUGGCUGUUUUAUCGAUGUUCGGCAGUGUAUUUCUUGAUGCUCACCUCACAGAGUCAUGGCUAAAUUUGACUAUCAUAAUAGUCAUUUUGUUAAUAGCUCCUGUUUGGGUCCGCCUCGCCAUGCGUGAUGACGGGGCGAAGGAGGUUUUAUCCAAUGGAUGGUCCCCAAUUAUUUUCUCCAUGCUUAUGAGCAGUGGAGGUGGUUUCAUUUUGGAGAACGCUGUACGUCAAUAUCCCAACGUUGCUAUAUUCCAACCAGUGAUCAACGGCGUUGGAGGAAAUUUAGCGGCUGUUCAAGCAAGCCGACUUUCCACAUUUUUCCAUCAGACAGGAUCGCUUGGCCAGUUACCUUAUGAGUGGGGAAUCCAACGGUUCUACAGCGCGAAGCGUGCUUUCUUCAGUAAAGACUCCGAUUCUCGGUCUGCUCGUGUUCUUCUCUUUCUUGUUGUGCCUGGACACAUGGUCUUCAACUGGCUCAUUCGCGUUUUUCACUUUGGUUCUAUAGUUCCACCUCAUGGCGCUCUCUUCACAAGUCUAUACCUCAUAGCAGCUCUAACCCAGGUUAGUUUGGACGUGGUGAUUUUUAUAUUUGCUGAAAAUGGUUCAAUCGGGCUGAGAGGUUUCUAA